UGGACGUGCGGAGUUUGGCUUCCACUCGCUGGCGGAAAAGUUCUCUCCAGUGUUUGCUGAUUGUAAGUGAUUUGGUGUGUGUGUCUUGUGUAUGUGUCCCUAGCGCAACCGGUGCAGGUGCAGUGUGCAUCCAUCUGGAUGGUGUGCACCGAGUUGGUAGAUAAUUUUUUUUCUCCCGUUGUGUCAUGUCUCAUUGCGUUUUUUGGAAACGGUAAAUCUUUCCACCAGUAACAACGAGUGAGCUCCAUGUGUUGGGUUCGAGUGGAUGAUAUAAAAACAAGCAAAAACCAUACACGAGUUAAGAUUGGAGUGAAACGGCCAAAAGUCUGCAGCGAUAAGAGUUGACAUUCUUUGACGCUGUUCUGCGGUGAACUAAUGGCAGUACGAAAAACAGUACAUGCAAUAACCAUCAAAAGUGAAAUUGGAUUCCAGUGGCAAACAAAAACGAAAAAUCAAUUUGAAAUUGUGCAAAAAUAAGUUAAUUAACAAAGAUUGCACAAAACUCAGAAACAUCGGUGCUGUUCAGUGGAAGAAAGUGAAAAAUAACUACGCAAAGUGGAAGAAAAUAAAACCAAAAAAAUAGUGAAAAAAGUUGAAAAAACCAAGAUAUAACAAAAGUGCAACGAAUCGAACGAAACAGGGGAAUAUCGGAUCGGUUGUCAUUCGAUCUGCGAUAUUUGUCCUUCCGCGUGUUCGGUAUCACUGUGGACCCUGUUACCUUUGCUGAACGUGAGCUGAAUUGAACGGUGAAAAAAUAACAAGAACAAAUCAGAAGAAAAAGAAAAUGACAGAAGAAAAAAGACGCAGCUAAAUCAAUCGAAUCAAAACCACCAUCCGCAAAUUGGAUUACGCGAACGCGAAGUGACGGAAGGAUAUCAUCGAACACGAUCAAGGCUUUCGAUCGAGGAUGAACGAUGGUACGGUGGUUACGGCGAACCGCAAGCAAACGUUUGCCAACGAAACGACGAUGCAGUUGACCGGCCCGAAGGUGUGUGUGGAGGUGUGAAACAGUGCGCCAAACGACGAUCCACGCGCAACAAGGUUUAAGUAGAGUGUAAGUGAGCUCAAAAUUAUCGUACUUUGCACGGGCGAAAAACGUAAAACAUAUUUGAAGAAACUGUUGAAACAGUGGUGAUUGUUUUCUGUGACGACGAGGAUCAAACGAGAAAAGAUGGCGACCCACGUGACACUGGUGACGGUCUGCUGCUGGGGUCUGCUCGGAAUGUUGUGGACCGUGGAGCCGGCUGCUGGGUACAAGCUGUCAUCGUCCGACCCGGACACGAUACGGAUCAAUUUGGGCAAUAAAAAACUCGUAAAAGAAACGGUCCCGCUGUACACGAAGCUGAUCAUCAAGUGCAAUUUUGACAGUCCCAUCUGGUACAAGAACGGCAGGCUUGUUCCGGUCGACCACAAGCGAGCGAAAUCGUUACGGUUUGAGUUGGUGCGUAAAACGGAUGCCGGUUACUACUCGUGCGGAUCCGAGUAUAACGAAUGGUCCAACCUGACACUGUCGGUGUUCAGCCAGGAGACGGACCAGUACCAGAGCGACGGGGCCGGUAUGGCAAACCUGGAGCGCAAAAGUCUUCACCCCCCCGCUCCGGUUGCGGCCGGAUCCCUGGACCAGCUUGACAUCAUGGACAACGAGCUGAAGGAGGGUCCGCCAAAGUUUGUCGGAGCUCCCCAGUCGGAGCAGUCUCAGCAGAAAUCUCAACCGAUCCACCGGGAGGUGGGUGAACCGUUCCGACUGCGGUGCGAUGCCGUCGGGCAGCCAAAGCCACAGAUUCGCUGGCUAAAGGAUGGCCAGGAGUACCGGGAUAACUCGUUCAAGUCGACGCUCGUGUUCAAGCAGCUGCUGGCUUCCGAUGCGGGAACGUACGUGUGUGAAGUUUGCAACCGCCAUGGGUGCGUGAAUUCCACCACGGUGCUGGAGGUGGUGGAACAGGGGGAACCGGAACCGGCCUACAUUCAGCACAACAACAUGGAGAGUCACUCGCAGCUGCAGGGCGACAGUGGUCGGGAGUUUCCGGCCCCGAUUAGUCGGCACUAUCCAGGUGUUUACAAGCCUCAGCCGGAUGAGGAUAUGGAUGGGGACGAAGAUGACCCCGAGGGUGAUGAGGAUGAUGAGGGACCUACGGAUGGAGGACACGGUACCGAAGAUGGCACCGGUGCGAUGAAUGAUACCAGCGAUAAGGCACCGUUCUUCACCAAAUGGGAGCAGAUGACGAAGCUGUUACCGAAACCGUCCGGAAACAUGGUCCGCCUGCGGUGUCCAGCCGAUGGUCAACCGAAGCCAAACAUCACCUGGACGAAGGAUGGCGGCGAGAUCGACCGGACGAUGGGCCAGGUGAAGAAGGUCAACUGGGCCAUCGUACUAGAGGACCUGGUGCCGCAGGACUCCGGGUUCUACAACUGUCUCGUUUGCAAUCGGGUUGGUUGUAUCAACUUUACCACCAAGCUGGAGGUGAACGAUCGCUUUCCGGCACGUCCACAUUUUCUCGAAACGCCGAAGAAUGUGACCGCGCUGGUCAACUCGACCGCAACCUUCCGCUGUCCGGUCUUGUCCGAUCUGGCCCCCCAUUUCGAGUGGGUGAGGUACCAAAUCGUCUACAAAGAGAACGUUCCCGUGCCGCAGAACGUUACCAACCUCAAGACCGAUCCCGACAAUCCGGAAGUGCUGACUUUGGAAAACGUAACGCAUGCCGAUGCUGGUUGGUACUCGUGCAUCGCGGCCAACGGGCUCGGGGCGGCCAACGAGAGUGCCUACCUGCAGGUGGUUGACGAGCUGCCACCGGACGACGUACCGAUCGCACAUCCGGUUCGUACACACUCCACACUCAUCACGGUCAUGACGUUUGUCCUGUCCGUGUGCUUCCUGAUGCUUGCCGUGGUCGUCGUCGUGGUAUGCAAAAAGCUGAAGCGAGAAAAGAUGAAGCAUCGAGCCAUGGAGCACGUGAACCAGUGGACGAAGAAGGUGAUCGUGUUGAAGCAAGCGGUAGUCGAGAGCAGUCUCCCGGGGAUGUCCGAAGCAUUGCAAAUGCCAAUAGUGCGGAUAGAAAAGCAACGUUCGACGCUAGUGCAGAGUGGCAAUUGCGAUCCAACCAUGAUCUCGGAGUACGAGUUCCCGAUUGAUUUGAACUGGGAGUUUCCCCGAAAUAAGUUACACCUCGGCAAGAGCUUGGGUGAAGGCAUGUUCGGCAAAGUGGUGAUGGCCGAGGCGCAUGGUCUGGUCAAGGGACAACCGUCAACCGUGGUUGCAGUGAAGAUGUUGAAAGAGGGUCAUACGGAUGCGGACGUAAAGGAUCUCGUUUGCGAGAUGGAAGUGAUGAAGAUGAUCGGCAAGCACGUGAACAUUAUCAACCUGCUGGGAUGCUGCUGCAAAGAUGGGCCGCUGUAUGUGAUCGUGGAGUACGCGCCGCACGGUAACCUUAAGAACUUCCUGCGAAGCCAUCGGUUCGGUUCGAACUACGAGGCAACCGGAGGGGAAAAGGAGAAGAAAAUCCUCACCCAAAAGGAGUUGAUCUCGUUCGCCUAUCAGAUUGCACGCGGCAUGGAACAUUUGGCAUCGAGACGGUGUAUCCAUCGAGAUUUGGCAGCCCGUAACAUUUUGGUGAGCGACAACUAUGUGAUGAAAAUUGCCGACUUUGGACUGGCAAGAGAUAUCCACGAUCAGGAGUAUUAUCGCAAAACGACAACAGGAAAGCUACCGAUUCGCUGGAUGGCGCCGGAAUCGUUGGAGGAAAAGUUUUACGACUCACAAAGCGAUGUCUGGUCGUUUGGCGUUCUUCUUUGGGAAAUAAUGACACUGGGUGGAAAUCCCUACCCUUCGAUACCUACGUGGGACAAUUUACUGGAGCAUUUGAAGAAGGGUAAACGAAUGGAAAAGCCACCACUUUGUUCUAUAGAGAUAUAUCUGUUUAUGCGCGAGUGCUGGCACUACCGGCCAGAAGAACGACCAACCUUCAGCGAAAUCGUUCAGCAUUUGGAUCGGCUAGUGAGUAUAACGUCGAACGAGGAAUACCUGGACCUUGGACUGCCUCAGCUCGAAACGCCUCCGUCCAGUGACGACAGUGAAGAGGAAGACGACGAGGAGGACUGUGUCGAUCAGGCCGGGGUGGAACAUGAGCGAGUACACAUGUAUCGAUUCAACAGAAGCUACAACAACGAUUGCAUGUACUAGCCCAGAGACCGGGCUUCGGGACUUUAACGAUCGGUAAACCGGUCAAUUUGAAACCCUGUUUGUUGUAAAAUAAAUCGAUCGAACGGCACGCAUAUGGUUCUGGAGCUGCCGCGUGAAUGUAUCAAUAUAGACUUAAGGAUCGAAAACAAGACUGUAUUUAUUUGAGGUAACUUAGGGCACCGUAGUUGUAAAGCAAACCUUAUUUUUAAGGAGGGGAAACUAGUCACUAACUUCGGAUCCUUUCGAGCAGCACAUCCAAAUCUUAUCGUGUAGAGCCGCGUACCGUGACCACGUAGAGGCCAUAGAGUUUUAUCUAAGCUUUUCUGUCGACGAAUGCUUCUUAGGCCAUCACCUAAAUGCCAAAGCAUAUCCUAUUCGUGUUUGUAAGCGCAAUGUAUAGUUUAAGAUGAAGCGCGAUAGAGUGUACCCUUUGUGAGUCAACGGUUGAAGCUUAUUGGAGAAGCAUUUAAACAGAAAGAAGCGUGUAUCGAUGAAUACAAUUUCUUUGUACAGGUCGGUUAGUUUAGCAUAUCGAGGCGAACGAGCACAUACGUAAGAUUAGGCAGCAAGAAAAUGGGAGGCAAACGAGUAUUAUUGUAAAUAGGCAUAAGGUGAGAAAAGAUCGGAAACUGUUGAACAAUUAUAAAAUCGAAGCAAUAAAUAAAGCAUAAGU